CACGUGAUAUAAAAUUUCCUAAAAAUAUCAUUUGGUUUCCCGUAAACUACGAAGUGUAUAAAAAGAAGUUUUUCUGUGUGAUGUAACCUUGUUGCAUGUUUUGUAUAACAGUAACAAUGCCACAAAAGGAUACUGAUCGACACAAUAGAAACCUCUUGUCCACCCUCUCUGAAGGAGACUUGGUAGAGUUUCCGCGUGGAGGCUACAGUCACUGGGGCAUCUAUGCAGGUGAUGAAGAUAUUAUCCACCUGGUAGCAGAAGAACAUGGCGUCAUGGCAUUUGGUUCAAGGAAAGCUUGUGUCAGCAAGGAUUAUUUCUUUGGUGUUGCUGGAGACUCCAAGGCAAGGAAGAACAACUAUUUGGAUCACACAUUCAGUGCGUACAAACCAGAAGUAAUCGUGGAACGAGCCAUGUCCAAAAUAGGCAGAACAGACUACGACCACUUCACUAACAACUGCGAGCAUUUUGUUAUCUGGUGUCGGUAUGGAACUGCAAUUAGUCCACAGGCAAUAAAUGGUGCACAAGUGACUACUGUUCUUGGUGUCAUCGCUGGUGUUGCUGCUACUGCUGCUGGGAUUGGUGUAACACUCCUAAAGCUUUUGUGAAUAAACUCGUGCAAACUACUCUGGCUUCACUGCAAUUUUCCUUCAAGAAAGGACAUAUUUGUAGACUUAAAAACAGCUUUGAACUAUUUUGCUCGAACUAGUUUAACGACAGGUGACACAGACUGCUCUAUUCAACAUGUAAGUAUCUUCAGCAUUUAAGAAUAAGACUUAUGUACAUUACAUUUUAAGCUGAGCUGUGUACGUAUUAUCAAAAUAUAAGUUACAGAAAUAGUGUUUUAAAACAAUAUUUCUUAUGUAGUACACAGGUCGGAUAGAAUCUUGUAAAAAUCUUUUUCUAAAAUAUUUGAAUAGAGUUCUAAUAGUUUCUUUAAUCCUAAGACUUCAAACAAGGUAUUUUAACUUGAUAGAAUUUGUGGGAUAGUACACAAAUGUAAUAUGAGUUUAUUUUAUUUAAACAAAUCCAAAUUUGAGCUAAAUUAAUUUAUCAUAUGAAAAUAAUUGGAAGAUAUAAUUUAUGACAAGUGUUUUAAAAAUAAACUUAAAACCACUUACUUCACAGUGUUUAAAGUCCUUUUUUGUAAAACUGUGCUACUGUCAGUCAGGUGGUGUCAGUUCUUUUAUCAUUUAACGAUCUGUAACUUUGUAAAUACGCAGAUAUUUCCAAUAAAUGUUCAUAUUACUUUAGUUACAGUGUUUCUGUGUUUUUAUAUUUGUUUUCGGCUGUUAUGUCAACACGCACACAAAUAUAACAAAUUAUGUAUUUA